CUUCUUCCCCAUGCUGACUUCUCCUCUUGCGUGCUUUCGGUGAAAUCAAUAAUCACAAGUACGCCUCUCCACAGCUCACCAUGGGGCGACGCUUGCCGUAGAUACGCCCCAGUAUCAGAUUGAAAUCUCUCCAUUACUGUGCCCUCUUCUGGUGCGGGUUUCAAUGAAAGCCCUCAGCCGCCUCGCUCUCGCAUCUGACAUAGACGUUACGUUGUCUGUCCUCUUUGCCAGCUGCCCCGCUGAGACCGGGCGAAUCGACACAGCAGGCGCGUUUCGAUGAUUUAAUCCACUCUUCUCGCACGAGCGCUCUGCUGUGCUGCUUUGCGCACCCACGUUUCUCUGCCACCAUGUCGAGGAGGAAGCGCGUGGGCUUCGUCGGCCUCGCCCUUGCAUUCGCCAUCUUCUUCCUCUACUACAGCUCCUCCGUAGCCGAUACUUGGCGGCAACUACCUCAACGCGUGGGCCUGGGAGAACACAUUGACGACUCCAAUCCCGACGCUCCCUAUGGAGCCUGGACGGGCGACCCAAACUAUGUCAACUGGAAUCCCAAACCCGACUUCAAGGCGGGCAGCCCCAUGCCCGCCGACCACAACUACACCUCGGUCCUCGUCAUUGCGCGCACCCAAAAGGAAGACGUCUCCUGGAUAGACAAGGAGAUCCCCGACCAGCCCAAAGCCGUCUACGUCGCCGACGACCCCUCGGCUCCCUUGCACCCGCCCAAGAACAAGGGCCACGAGGUCAUGGUCUACCUAUCCUACAUCAUCGACCACUACGACUCGCUCCCGGACGUCUCCAUCUUCAUGCACGCCCACCAGCUCGCCUGGCACAACGACGACAUCCUCGGCCACGACGCCGCCGACCUCGUCCGCCGGCUCUCCCGCCCCCGCGUCUGGCGCGAGGGCUUCGUGAACAUGCGAUGCUCCUGGUACCCCGGCUGCCCGGACUGGAUGCACCCGGGCGAGACCAAGGAAAACGUCUACAAGCAGGAGGAGAUCCUCCUGGCCAAGAGCUGGAGCGAACUGUUCCCCCUCGACAAGGUCCCCGACGUGCUCGCCCAACCGUGCUGCGCGCAGUUUGCCCUCUCGAGGGAACGCAUCCACGCCCUGCCCCUGGCGCAAUACGUCUGGUACCGGAACUGGCUGUUCAAUACAAAGCUGCCCGAUCAUCUGUCGGGCCGCGUGUGGGAGUAUAUCUGGCAGUUUGUCUUCACGGGGUCCAAUGUCUACUGUCCCAAGGAGCACAUCUGCUUCUGCGACCAGUACGGCAGCUGUUUCGGGGGCGAGGCCGAGUGGGCUGCUUUCGCCGAGUAUAAGAGGGAGCUGGGCGAUUGGGAGGGCAAGUUGAGGAACUGGGAGGAUAAGAAGAAGGCGAUUGAGGAGGCGGAGAAGCAGGGCAAGGUCGAGGAGGCGGCGCAGUUGGAAAGGCCCGAGGAGGGCAAGGAUAGGGAGUAUCAGAAGGAGAUUGAUAGGUUGAAGCCGAUUGUUGAGAGGUUGAAGGAGGAGGCGAGACGGAGGGGGGAGGAUCCGAAGAAUCGGGCAAUGGAGGCCGGGAGGGUGUGGCAUGAGGGGGAUGGGUUCUAGGUGUACUUUUGAGGGUCUGUGGGAUGUGUUUAUAUGGAUACCAUGUGCUUACCAGGAAGGAUUGUAGAUAUUCCUGGAUACAUUCUCGUUUAGGAUAGCGCAAUCCUGCAGGAUUUUGUAGCUACCAUACUCCGUACCACAGCAGACACUUGCACUGGACUUGGAGGGUGGAUUUUCAUGUGAGGAGGAACCAGUCGACCUUUUAGUAAUAAUGAAAUGACCAACUCGGUGAGACGAUUC